UUCCCACGUGGUGUCGUGCUGGAGCUGAAAAGCUUUUCAACACAGACGUUUUGGAAAGGGGUAAGUUAGGCACGUUUAAUUUAGCAUUUUAGUAAUAGUUUCAGGAGUAGCCAUCACACCAAAUAAUACAAAAUGCCGCCAGCCUUGGAUAGGUUGCGGGAUCGUCCUGCAUCUUGAUCAGCCCAGCGGGCACAGGGACUUUCCAUGUUAGGUUACUUUCGCUUUCAGCUCGGCAGGCAAAAGAAGCUUCGACAGCUCGUGAGUUGGACAUUUUUGACUCUAUUUUUGACUUCUAUUCCGGUUCGAAUUCAAAGCCAAGAUUAUUUCUCUACUCUCUGACUACACUUUCUUCAUCAGGGCAUGAUGUCCAAAAGUAGUUCCUUCGGUGCGGCUUCGGUCUUCGUGCUGGUAGAUGCUUGUGUGGUGCAGUCCAUCCGCUCUGCCCCCCUCUCACCCCUGCUGGUCGCCCACCCAUAUGUCACUUUGUGGGGUGGAGGGAUCCUUCGAGCCUGCGCCUUGCUCUUCCUCAGCUUGUCAUGGAGCCAAUCGUGGAUGAGCAGCUUCCAGGGGCGCCAGACCAUCGGGGUCCUGUGCUUUCAUUUCCCAGUGUAUGUUAGUCUCUUGUGGGGGGUCGGUUGGUCCAACUCAGAGGAGCUAUGGAGCUGGUACUCCUGGCAAAGGCUUUUGCACGGUUAUGUCGUCACUGCGGUGGCCUGGUUGUACUGGGAGAGGUACGUGUCCUCGCUGUUCCAGAAGAAGAGGAGCAGCGAAGAAGAAGCAGAUGCCCAGUCGGGGAACAAUUCCUCCUCCCUGAAGAAGUUGAUGGGCUUCAUGCGACCCUACACCAGCCGCUUUGUGUUUGUGAUGCUGCUGGUCACUCUGUCCUCGUAUGGUGAGAUGGCGAUACCUCAUUACACGGGACACAUGGCAGACUGGAUCAUGGAUGAAAAGAAUCCAGAUGCCUUCACCCAUGCCAUCACAAUUAUGGCAAUAAUUACCAUUAGCAGUGCGGUACUUGAGUUUGUGUGUGACCUCAUGUACAACGUCACCAUGAGCUGCAUCCACACAUCAGUGCAGGGCAAGGUCUUCCAGUCCGUGCUCAAACAGGAGAUCGCUUUCUUUGACACCAACAAGACAGGGGAAAUUGUGUCGCGUAUCACCACGGAUACCAACAGCAUGAGUGAGGCGCUGAGCGAGCAGCUGAGUCUGGUCAUGUGGUACACUGCCCGACUGGUCUUCAUCCUCUACUUCAUGUUCAGCCAGUCGUGGCAGAUCUCCCUGUUCACCUGCAUGGGGCUGCCCAUCCUCUGGAUCAUCCCAGAGUGCUCCGGAACCUUCCAUCAGGCGAUCUCUAAAAAGGUUGCAGAGUGCAUUGCCCAGGCCAACCAGGUCGCCACAGAGACGUUCUCCAACAUGAAGACAGUGCGGUGCUUCGCCAACGAGGACGGCGAGGUCAAGCGCUAUGAGGAGCGACUGGACGUCAUCUACGGCCUGAACAAACAGGAAGCCUUCGCCUACGCCGCCUCCACCUGGGCCAAUAAUACCAGCACCCUGGCGCUGAAGGUGUUCAUCCUGUACUACGGAGGGACGCUGGUCACCGGGGGCACGGUCAGCAGUGGAGACCUGGUCGCCUUCGUACUCUACGAGCUCCAGUUCGCCUCGGCGGUGGACGCUGUGAUGCGUUGUUACCCAGACGUUAAGAAAGCCAUCGGAGGUUCGGAGAAGAUUUUUGAGUACCUUGAUCGGGAUCCCCAGGGUCCCCCUAUAGGCACCCGGGACCCCCAAAGGGUGAAAGGUCACGUGGAGUUCCGGAACGUCACAUUUUCCUACCCUGGGAAGGCAACCCCUGUGCUCAUGGAUGUGUCCCUGAAGCUGCAGCCCGGACAGAUCACGGCCCUGGUGGGGUCCAACAGCUCUGGGAAGACCACCUGCGUUCGGCUGCUGGAGCGCUUCUAUCAGCCCCAGGCCGGCAGUAUCCUGCUGGACGGAGAGAACCUCAAUAGCUAUAAGGAGCAUCACAAGGUCGCUGUUGUGAGCCAGGAGUGUGUUCUGUUUGCCCGCUCCAUCGCAGAGAACAUCAAAUAUGGCUUUGAGCACGCUACUGACGAUGAUAUGUACAGAGCCGCCAAGAUGGCUGCAAUCCAUGACGAAAUCCUAAACUUCCCAAACGGAUAUCAAACAGAUGCGGGUGAGAAGGGGGGCAUGGUGUCGGGCGGCCAGAGGCAGAGGAUUGCCAUCGCAAGAGCUCUGAUCCGGCAGCCCAAGGUCCUAGUUCUGGACAACGCCACCAGCGACCUCGACGCAGAGACGGAACAUCAGGUCUUCCAGGCCCUGCUGGGGCGGUCCAACAGCCCGUGCUCGGUGUUUCUGAUCUCCCUCAAGAUGAGCGCCGUGGAGCGGGCCCACGACAUCCUGGUGCUGGAGGAGGGGAGCGUGGUGGAGCAGGGAACCCACAAAGAGCUGAUGAAGCAAGGGGGGCGCUACGCCCAGCUGGUCGCCAACCAAAACCAGGGCUUUCAGCGGGCCGAGGAAGAAGGGGGAGGAAGAUGAGGUUUUUUUGGUUGCAAUUAGUCUCUUGUAAGGGUAUAAUAUUUCUGCCGCUUGGGGUCUCUCAUUCAAAACGAUAACAGAAAAACAUAGUAUGGGGACACCGUGAAGUAGCAUGGCCGAAGAUUAAAUUGUAUUCAACUUUUAUUGACGCUACGUUUGUUCAUGUUUAUUCACGUGACAUUGUUUCCACCUAAUGAAAUAGCUGCAAGUGUUACUGCAAGUAUAAAAUAACUUAAUUUUAUUAUUUGACUACCGAAACAGCUAUAAAUAAUGCUAUGUUGGGAGUUCCAGCCUUUUUUCUGUGGUCAAAACAAUUAGAGUUGUAGUCUUUUAGGUUUUUAAAUGCAGAAAUGUUACAUAUUAUACCUUAUACCUAAGUUGUUUUUAUACCUUGCUAUGCAAUUGGCAUUGGCACGUGUGUCAUAUACAAUUGUCUUCAUACAUUUUGCAGAUCCACUUUGGCUUUCAUCUUUCAUUUUUUCAUCACACAUAAAUCUGUCCAUUGCCCUGUCUAAAAAGGUUGAUAUUACUUAUUUAUGUUAAUAUUAAAAAGGUUAUUUAUUGGACAAUGUGUAAGACCUGAUUAGGCCUCAACAUUCUUUGAGGGAAUACUUUUUUCUACAGUGCUCUUAAAUACAUUCUAUUUACAAGUAUAAUUGAAUAAUUGUGUCAAAUAUUUUACUUUUUUUGUGUUUGAAACUUAAAAAUAAAACCAAAUAAUUUUUAAAUUGAAAGACCUUAUUAUGCAUCAACAUUCCUUUGAGAGAAUACUUUGUUCGACAGUGCUAUUCAAUACAUUUUAUUUACACGUGUAAUUAAAUAAUUGUGUUGAGCUUUUUAUUUCUUUGUGUUUGAAACUUAAAAAUAAAACCAGAUUAAAAAU